AUGAGGACGCCAAAAAAUGUGCACGAUCUUGCAGCCGAAAAUACUACAAAUGAGCCAUUAAAUUUUAAUGUACCAGUAAAAGGUUUAGAUUUUAAUAAAGAAAACAUCACAUUAGAUGACAUUCUUGAGUCAUUUAAAACAACAGGAUUUCAAUCUGUAAAUCUUUAUAAUGCAAUUUUAGAGAUAAAAAAAAUGAUAGAAGCUAAAUCUAAAAUAUAUUUAGGAUGUACAUCUAAUUUAAUUAGUAGUGGAUUACGAGAUAUUAUUAGAUUUCUUGUAGAACAUAAACAUGUUGAUGUAUGUGUUAUAACAGCAGGGGGAAUAGAAGAAGAUAUUAUAAAAUGUCUUAAACCGACGUAUUGUGCAAACUUUAACUACAAAGGUCAAGUUUUACGAGAAAGUGGAUACAAUAGAAUUGGUAAUCUUGUAAUAUCGAAUGAAAACUACGAAUUGUUUGAAGAAUGGUUUAAUAAGUCAUUAGAUUUGUUAGUUGAAGGGUACAGUGAAGAAAAUCCAUUGAUUAUUACGCCGUCUGAAUUAAUAAAAUAUUUAGGCAAACAAAUAAAUGAUAAAAAUUCAGUACUUUAUUGGGCAGCAGUUAAUAAUAUUCCUAUUUUUUCACCCGCUCUCACUGAUGGAUCUAUCGGUGAUAUGAUAACUUUUUAUAAAAAAAGGUUAUGUUUAAAAAUUGAUAUAGUAGAGGAUAUUAGAAACAUAAAUUUUAGCGGUUUAAGCAGUGAAACUACUGGUGCUAUUAUUUUGGGAGCAGGACUUGUUAAGCACCAUAUUUUAAAUGCCAAUUUAUUUAGGAAUGGGCUGGAUUUUUGUGUACUAAUUAACACUGCAAAUGAAUACGAUGGAAGUGAUGCAGGGGCAAAUAUUGAAGAAUCGGUUAGUUGGGGAAAAAUAAAAGCAAAUAAAAGUUGCGUAAAAUUGGUUGGUGAUGCUACGAUUUUGUUUCCUCUCGUAGUCUAUUCUACAUUUUAUAAAUUACAUUAA